AGGACCCAAUUUUACUCUUUUUGCAUGUGACUACACCUAUUCGGUUUCACUUUAUGCGACUACUCUAGCUACCCGCAGAACUACCUUUUUGUGUCCAGAACUUCGUCAUAGCUCGUCUCUAGCUCUUGCCGUCUACCCUCAAGUUCCUUUCUAAAACGUCAUUGCCAACCGAAAGGCAUCCCGAAUUAUACGAGUGCACUUUGCAACCCGUAGCGAACAGAUACAGAGAUUUUUUUAAAAAAAGGAGAAAAAAAAAGAAAGCACACGCCUGGUGUCGUGGAAAACGCAUCAGGGCGGGUCGAUGAGUCUCAUCGGUUGAUGAUGGGCGAAGACAGCAUCGGACAGUUCGCAUAAGAGUAUGCGACGGUUGCUUCACACUGGUCUCGCCGCGUUCAGUGUCGGGGGUCAGUACCAGGAAGGCGGAUCCUCCUCCAGUCGUUCGACGCGCUUCAUCCCGCCACGGGAGAAGCAGAAGCCGGAGAGCGAUGGCAAAGAUCCGACCGGAGCGCAGCAGCAGUCCUCUGGUGCGGAGGACGGCAGGAGGAAGACUUCUGCUGCCGAGGAGGGCAGUAGAUCCACCGACGUUAAAAACCAACACUUAAACGCGGCCGCGGACGCGGAAGACAAACGGGUAUUGAAGGACUCAAUAAAGCAAGACCAAGAACCCCCGCUUCCGAAGGACCCCGGGAAACCCGGCAACUUCCGGAAGCCGGACCCGGAUUCCGACAUCCGAGACCGAAAACUAUUGCAUGCCAAACGAAGAAGAACUGCCGAUGAACAGUCGUACCGCCCGGAAGGAGCCCUGCCGGGUGUCGAGGACAGUAAUGUUGAUCGAUACCAAGAUGCACUACCACCAUCUCCCGAAGAUUAUGUCGACGCCGAGGAGGCGUCCCCCCUUUCCUCCGACGAAAUGCUCGACCCUGGAGCAGACUACUGGGCGGAACAGGACCGCAUCAGUGGCACCUUGCCCCACACCAAGAAGUUCAACCACGUGGCGAACCCGGAAAUCCACAUCAGUGGGGAUCUGGACUCUUUUUCCCACGGCCAGCGGAUCGGCAUGGCACGCAUGCUCGCCCAGCGGGCAGCGGACGAGCAGCGCGUUACUGUGCAAGGAGAGCCCGUGGAGUUGUUCUUGGGCGUUGGCCAGUACAAAGAUCUGGACCUCUCAAAAUCUUCCCGCUGCGCCAGCGAGGACGAGCACUGCGAAGCGAAUAAACAAGCGGCAUCAACAGCACCAAGUGCAAUGUCGCAAGUAGCUGGCGCGGCCGCGGCAAUAUCCGCGUCGGCGGACAGCGAAGAAGUGGACGACCCAGUAGAGCCACAGAGACAGUUGCGCGACUACCACCCAGCGUUCCAGCAGGAGCUGCAACGGGAAUACGAAAAGAAGAAGCGCGCAGAUCAUGACCAAUUGCUUGGAGGUCAAUCCGCAGCAAAACAGACUUCUGAAAAAGCCGAAGCUGCUGCCUCUCCCCGUCAACUUGCAGCGCAGCCGUCUGGAUCCACGUGGGACUGGAUCAAUCUGCAGGGAAACGUGCCGACGACCACGACCAUCAAUGGCCCGGACAUCGUCGGUACGCCAACGCUGAAGGAUGUACCCAUAAUUGGGUACGCGAGCACCAAUCUGUGGCUGCAGAACGAGAUCAUCGUCAACCUGCAACAGCCGAACAGGUUCGGGUCCGGCGCGCAUCCGGAUCCCAAGAUGAAGUUCGUCGACGGCGAAAUCAGUGCGCGCGAACAGUGCCAGGACUUCCAGGGCCGGGACGUGCGCAUGGGCGUGACGGACUUUGCCGGGACGGUGUCGUUUGGCAUCUCCGGGCAGUACGCCAACCACACGAAACUUUUCGACGCCGAUUUGAACGUGAACAAUCCAGAGCUGCUGCAGGGCAGCAAUCAGAACUUCGCCUUCAUGCACGGGGGGAAUUACAAGGUGUGCUACGCGCCCGACGGGGAUUUCGUCAGCACGUCUCCGCGAACCACGGCACUGAUCACCUCCUUGUGGCUGCCGUCGCCGAUGCUGGUGUACGGGGUCAGGUCGGAUUGCUUGAACAGCCCAACCUGCAUCAAGGACGAGCAGUGGCACUGCUGGUACCCCGGACUCAGCGACCAGGCAGCGGACUGCAACUUCGCAUUUACAGGUAGAAACUUUAUUUGGUUGAAAGUUUCGCAAUCUGCUUGUCAUCAAAUACAGUCAUGUUUCGUGGUCAAACAAUGUCAUCAAUCAAAGCGUAGUACGCAUAAAAAUUAUCGGGAUUACGGAAACUCUGUUGUCUAAUUCAUUUCAACAAACUUCAAAAUUGCACAACAGGUCAGAAAUUCCGUGUCGGGUUUUCUCUGUUCGCUAGCACGGUCUCGAAGAUGACGUGGACCGGGCUGUACAGUGGGGAGCAGUAUGACAACAACGGUACCAUCACAACCCCCGCGACGCCGACGGAGUGCCGAGCGUCCGAGCCGGUGAGCACCAUUUGGCAGCCGUACCCGUCGACCUUCGUAGAGAUGACGGGGGUGAAGAUCGCGACGAUGCCCAAGGUCGCGCACGACCAGACCGGCACCUUCACCAUGCGGGUGUGUUACUGCGGCGACUACGCGGAGUCCGGCAACAAGUGCGAUGGCCGGGCGGAGUUCAUCCAGGCCUUUGGGCGGCUGUACUUCUGGCGGAUGAACGUCUGCGACUACGAAAACGCGUUAAGCUCGACUUGCAUCACCAAUCCGUACAUUCGCGUGAUCCCGCACCAGAAGUUCGUGAUCCAAAUCACCUGUCCGAUGGGCGGCGCCUGCAAGCCGGACGACAACAACCGCAUCGGGAUUCUGGCGACGCAAGACUUUAACGAUUUCCCCAGCUGGGACCCGUCUGCGGGCUGCAUGGGCACGGCGAUCGACGACAAGUUCGUGCACUGGCCGAACCGAGCGACGCAAAUGCGGAAGCUGGGGGGUGGGGCCCGCAUGGAUUACAAAGUCUGGCGCGACGUACAGCCGAGGCUCGACUUCGCGCCGGGCGAGAAGAAGGACAUCUGCUACUGCCAGAACGACUGCUCGCAGCAGGCCAACAUGAACUGGUUCAAGAUUGGCCACGUGAUCGGCGCGAACUUCGCACUGGGUAGCGCCGAGGGCGCGGACGGGACGGCUUUAGCGGCAAACCAUCUGCUUCGGUACACGGGAAAACCAGGCGCAGUCGUGUUUUACGGUGGCACAACGACGCCGUUCUACAUGCCCGCGAACCCGACCACGAAUGCGCAAAAGGAACUCUGGAAGAACGACUACCCGGCCUACGGUGAUGGACAAAGGUACAGUGGCACCGCGAAAGCGAAGAUCUUUCCCUACGAUUUUGGCCAGGUGCCAGGCACGAGUCCGGCAAAGACGGUGGAGCAGUACUACGGCUACGACACGGUCCACGUGGAGCAGAAAAACCGACAGGAGCAGAUGGACAUCUACUGCAACAACGAGAACAAUGUGCCGGUGACCUUGGAUACCACGUUAGCAGACCAACUGCCGCAAGCGUCGGAUAACAUUGCGGGAGAUGCAAACGCGGUUUCCAGGUACCACGCCUUCACGAACGGCGGAACGCAGCGAACCACGAUGAAAAAACCGGGGAUCGUCGGCAUUUGCUACUGCAGCAUUCUGGCCGCGAACGGGAGCUGCGACAAGGGCAACGACGUCAACUGGCGGUUUGCAACGCUUUUGAUGAUCAGUGGGCCCUUGCCGAACCAAGUCUGGUCGCUCCCCAUCGAUGCAGUGUCUAGAAUCAUCCUGCAGGGUAUAGUGAAAUACCGCUUCACACUUAUCGUUUUUCUCUUUAUCUUUUAACAAGCAUGCCUUUGCAUCAAAGGCCUCCUGAAAGUGGCCACAGCCUCGUCAAAAAUGGACAUCAGGGAAGCGAAUUUUCGAUCAUAAAACUCCUUCAGGUUCGGGUUUCGAUGAGGGUGACGUUCUUCGCAUAGUACCGAACAACGUGCAGUGCACCGACAACAGCAACAAUCCCGCGCCGGACACAAGUUACAAGAUUGGCUGCCCGUCUGUGGAAGGAACAGGCUGUAUCACCACGAACGGUUGCCCCGCGACGUCCGGUAUCACCUGUCGAUCGGCGUCGGCUACCGACGGACAGUACGGAAGUUUCAUCUACCUGCAAACUCUCGGCAAGAACCAAAUUACCCCGCCAAUAGGGAUCGAGUCCGUCGCAACGCAAUUCUGUAUUUUUUACUUUUGCUUGUUUCCGAUGUGCGCAUGCUCUCUCAUCAAUCUUCAGGUUCAGCUCCGCUUCAUAUUCGCUCUGAAAUUGAAAAUUUGAAUUUUCUUCCCAUGUUGCCACAAAAAAAAAUCAAAACUCCUAAAAUCACGAACAGCCACGAAAGACUACACGGUGCUGAAGUUCACCGGGAACAUUCAGUUUUCCGGCCUGAAGGAGGGCGACACGCUGCUGAUUGACAAGAAUGAUUUGAUCAUUAACGACAAGGACGCCGCCGCGCAGGACAUAAGUCUCUGGAAGCUGAACAGCCGCAUGCGGGAGGUCGCGAACGUGUUCACCAACAACUUUCAGCCGGAAGAUGUUCCGGACCCGACCAUCAGCGACAAGCGGACGAACCCGAUCGGUUGGAAGGUGAAGUUCUACGGCGCGAACGACGUUAGGAUUCCGGACGUGGACAAGGCGAAGUAUCUCUCCAUCCCUCUCCGCUGGAACGAGUUCAUGGGGUCGGUGACCGUUGCGGGGCAGAUCUACUGGUACCAGUACCCCUACACCAUCAGCUUCAAGGACAACUCCGGCCGCUGGCUGCGCUCUUCCGCGACGCAGUCCAACGCCGAGAUCAAGGGGAAAACGGUGACCAACACGGCCGCCCCGCUCCGCGUAUGCUGGGGCCGGCUGGAGGGGAGUCAGCCGAAGUUCUACGCGGAUGCCGGGCAACUCACCUUUUUCCAGGCUCCCGCGAUGGCCAAGGCGCACGUCAGUUUGACCAGCACCAAGCAGCAGGGGUACGCGCCGAUCAUCAUUUCUUUCGAAACCUCCUCCACCGCAACGACCUACAAGCAGUACUCGAUCGGGUAUCAGCACCAAAUCACGCUGCGGUUCAAGGACCUGGAAAAGAUCGACCCGCGGAAGAACACCGACCACUCCCCCGUCGUUGUGCCUCAGCCCAUGGACAGCGGCGAGGUGCAAGAGCUGGACGCGUUUCAGGGUAUAGUUUUUUGGAAAAAUUUAUCUUUUUCUUCGUCCUCUGUGUGGGAUAAAAGAAAUCCACAAUUAUUCGCACAGCUAGAACAAGCCUCUCCCGAUUCCAAAAUGUUAAAGAAGAUCAUGCCUUGCAAAAUAACUCAAAAACAGACAUCUGCGGUAUGCUGUUCGUGGAGAUGUGGAGUAACGAUCGCGAGGGCUUCCCGAUGCCUAAGGGCUGCUAUUACAGCCGGAAAUAUCGAGACGCGUCAGAGGGGAACGCAAUCAACCUGCAGUGGCGCGAGAUUUCCAUCGUCUUUCCCUUCUCGAACGGCCUCAAGCACAUUUGCCAGAGCCACGCCAACCAGGCGAUCGCGUGUCGGUACCAGCUGGUGUUGAACGCGUACAUUGGCGCGCAGUCCAUCCUGGUCGCCAACGACAACCUGGUCGACGUGUACACGAAGUGCCCGCGGUGCGGCGCCAACGGCCGCGACGUGAUGUUCGAGCGAGGAAUCACCACACUGAAUGCCGACUCCCCGACCGGCGGCUCUCUGGCGCCGGGUGACAACACGUCCCCCAACUUGGAGCAGUUCAUUGUGCCCAAUCCCGCGACGAGUGCGGUGAAGGACGCCACCUGGGACGUGUUUGAUUUGACUUCGAACACCGUGGUGGACGCCCAGCUCGUCGCGGGCGACGGCUUGCAGAGCAUCAGUGCGGGGAACUACCUGCGGUUGUACCUCUUCCCGCUUCUGAUGUGGGAGGUCCCCACCGCCGCGUGCUCGGUUCUGUGUGUGGAUUACACGGUGGCAAACACGGUGUACAAGUGCGGGACGACGGACCAGGUGAACCCCACUUUGGAGGUGGCGAUCGCGUCGCUGACGCCGUUCGCGAGGAGGAACUACCUAAAAAUCCGCAUGCCGGAGACCAUGACGGACGUCGUGUCCACCACGAUAAAACACGGGAUCCAGAUCUCCUCACUAGACUUCCCCCCCGGCGGGUUCUUCAACGUGCGCAUGGGCGUGCAGCUCACGGACUCAGCGGAUUUGAAGCCGGUGUACAAACCCUCUACCGGAUUGAUGUACAAGGCAACCGGGACCGGCGGACACACGACCGGGCGGAUCGUGAUCAACGGCGCCACCGGGUAUGGGAUCGCCCCCUUUCACUCCGACAUCCGGAACGAACUCUACGUGAGGUUGCAAUUGGGCGCGACGCUCUUCCACAACGGCCAGACCGAUGCGGCGUAUUUGGAGAUCAAGGCGCCGUCCGGCACGAACAAGAAGUACCAGGGACGGUGCGAGCAAACCGCGCCGGCGCCGUCGAACAUCCCAAAUUUCUUUGACUUCGACCGCGAUGGGUACAUUGACUACAAUCACGGGACACUGGGCACGAGUACGAACGAGGGGAAGUGGGGUUUCGGCGAGGCUUUGAACUUUUGCAAGUACACACUGUACCCAAACCAAGCGAUCUACGCCGGGAUGAGCAUCUACGUGAAGUUGAUCAUGGACAACCCGACGGAGGCGAUGACGAAGCACGACGUGGACAACGUGUGGGGCAUCAGGAUGGUGUCGCGCGGCGUCGCUGGUACGCCAAGCACGGCCAGACCGAUGGGAAAUCCGAACAUCUACCCGUUCAACCCGGCUUACACAAAUAACGUGUUGACCGCCGAGGCCACCUACCAGCGCCCCAACGAGCCCAAGCUGUGGUACCAGAAUGUCGGGGUUGUGUCGCCUCUGGAGCAGCCGGUCUUAUCGCCGACGCACUUCAGGCUGUCGACUUCUCUCUAUCAAAAGGAAAAAUCCCUCCUCCCCAUAUCGAAACGAAAUUUCUGAUGCUGGAUUUGGAUACACAAAUCAGAUUUGUGUUGCAGAAAGGCAUUGCGGCCAGAUCCCCAGGCUAGGUGGGGGCGUAUGGGUCUAGUUGCUCAGCAUGGCAAACGGCCCCCCUUUAGGCCCAACAGCAUGACAAAUCGCCUCCAUAAUAUGGCGGAAGCUUCUGCCCUUGUCUUCUUGCAAGAGAAAUGUGAUUUGUGACCUCAAAUCAGCAAUACAAAUUUCCGGAGACAUACCUUUUCAAUAUGGGGAGGGGGGAUUUUUCCUCUCAAUACUCUCCGGCCGGAAUACAGCGACGUGUACAUUUUCUUCAAAAUCGUCACUGUGGUUGGCAGGAAUGGGUUCAUCAAGGUAGACGCGCCCUGCGGGUUCGAUUUCGGGAACCAGGUGAUUGGCAAGCCAACCAACUGUGUCACCGGCGGUCUGCCAAGGUACAAUUAGUGCGUUUCUUUUCCAUUUCGUUCAUGUGUGGCAUUCAACAUCAUGAUUAGCUUCAGCUCAAGAGCAGGAAGAAUGUCAACAAGUAGACGGAGUGAACAAAACGAAAAAAUGAAAACUCUUUUUUCGAACAGGUACUACUACGACUACAUAGACUCGAACUACGAUAGUACCACGAAUUUCACCAAUGUGCUUUCCUGCACGGCCCAGAACCUGAUCCCGCAAUGCCCGGCCCCCGGACCGUACAACCGCGCCGUGCUCAACAUUGGAGACAGCAUGGGCCAGAAUGCGGACACUGGUCGCAUGGCACAGUACGGGUUCAAGCUGAGAGUUUUGCACUCGUUAGAACUGCGGUACCCGGCGGACUUCACCAUGUGGCAGCUGUUUGUGUCCGACCACGCGGACUUCGUGGUGGAUGGAACGAGAGACACCCUGUUUUUCCAGAAGAUAUCAAAAGAAGGAAACACGGAUGCACGGGUGGACAAGGCCUUCGGUUUGUACGUAACAGACUUCACGAAAGUGCCGACAAUAGCGGUGACGGUGGAGAAUUUAACGCCUGCGACGUUGAAACCGCAGGGGGAUAAGGGGACGUACGUGACGCUGAACGGGUUGCGACUGAUGUACGACGUGUACGGUGUCGGAUUCAGGUUCAUCUCCCCCCUCGGCUUUCGGUGGACGACCGAGCCCGGGCCGGUGUUUUUCAAUCGCCCGCGCGGGUCCUCGGUCGUCGGAACGCAAAACAUCUGGCCCUGCGAAAACCUGCAGAUUUUGAUGUUCACCCAAGUGACCUGGCAAAACUGCCAGUUCAACGGGAUGACCACAUACGGUUUCUCGAUGGAAGCCACCGUCCCGGACCUGUCGCCCGUGUACUCGUCCAACAGCUUCUACAUCGAACUCGGGUACCUGGGGACGCAGGUGACCAACAGCUCGGCCAAUGACACCUAUCGGUAUACUUGCUUUUUUGCACCUUGUAGGGGUUUUUGACUUUUUGCAUGAUAUUAGAUCUAAGCACUGCUGCGCCGGCGUGUUUUAGUGCUGGCUGAAAAUGAAAUUGAAGAACUGCUGCAACUGCACGAAAAACAUUAUCAGGUACAACGCGAUGCCAUACGACGCUCCUUUGGUGCGCGCGCUACGAAACACGCGGUUCCACUACCGAACAGCCAGGGCGAACUCCGAUAAUGUGAUCACCAUCGAGUUUCGUUUGAUUACCCCGCUGGUGGCGAAUGAAGAAGCCUUGGUCAUCGAGGGAAAAGGGAAGAACGCGCUCUUCGAUUUCAAAUGCGACCGCCGGGAGCACGACAACACCGGCGUUGCGUACACGAUCAUCGAGCAAAAGAUCUUUCCGCACGCGCCGCCCGACUUCACCAACUUCCCCCACGGGUACGGGUGCAAGGACGACCGUACCGGUUUCCUGUACCUGUACGUGAACACGACGGCGGCACCCCAGGGCAUGUCGCCGAACUUCGAGAGCGGAUACUACAAGAUGGACCUGAUGAUCACGAACGUUCCCCCAAACGAGUCCCCCGACACGUGGAGUUUUGGAACGUUCAAAAAUGGUCUCCCGCAGGAGGUCCAGGGCGGGCCGGUCAUCACCCCGGAGACCAUCGACGCCGCGGCGGUGGCGCCGGGGUUUUCGAUCUACGACGAAAUGACCAAGGGGCUGCUGGUAAAGUUCGCGGAUGCAGAGUUGGAAGCCGACGUAAGGGAGGGAACUGGGCGGGACGACAGGCCGGGUUACGUUCCCGACGCCCCGCAGAAGAAUCAGCUGAUCUUCCGGUUCCAAAUGAAAAACGCGCCGAACGUGAAGAUAGACGGUGGCUUCGUGCUCAAGGGUCCAGACGGAUUCGUCUUCGCCAACGACUGCACUGACAAGAUUAUCGUGGACAAGAAUAGGGUACUGAUUCUUCGUGUUAGCUUUGUUCAGACAGAAAUCAAUGCUGCAAAAAUUUUACGUUUUGCUAUCAAUCUGGUGCUUGAUGUUGACCAUGGCCGACCACAAACAAACGGAAACUUUGUGCGAUGCCUUUUAGCGUUUUGUCUUCAAAAUCCUAUAACAACAACCUCCUCAGGUCUUCGGAGAGCACAGCGGGCUCGGACUUGUUUGUCAGCCAGACUACCUGACGAACUGCGCACCCAUGGUUCCAUGUGCCGCCAGUUUGAACAACCCAAGGUGUCGUGCUGCCAAGAUGAACGCGAACCAGAUUUACGGGGGUUACGCGAUCACCGAAUGGCCCGCAGGCAAGGAGCCGGAGGUCUGCAACGGUUUUGGGAAUGUCGCACGGAUGACCAUUCCGGUCGGGCUAGACGAUAGUCUGGACUACGUGUUCAGGAUCGAGAUUGAGUCCAACCCGCCGAAGACCCCAAAUCCCAACUUCUGGAGCAUUGAAUACAGUGGUGAGUCGUCGACCUUGUUUGAAUCCUUUGUCCUGCAGACCGUCACGGGUUUGACCGUCUCGCAGGUCAGCCGCGCGGUCAGAUCAGCGAACCUCGCCGAGAGCUUCAAGAACCCGGUGGAGUUCACGUUUCAGCCGUUCCAGACCGUGCCGAAAAGGGACGAGAACGAUCCGUAUGGCGGAACCAUCACGGUCGAAGCGCCAACCGGCUACGACUUCGUGUCGGAGACCGCGAGCAGGAGGGUUCUUCGCGAUGGCACGCCGGUUUCGAAGUACGACAAGAAACGGCUCUUGAGCACCAUCAAGAAGCUGCGGGAGCGUAGAAGACUGACGCGGAGGCGGGAACGCGCAAGAAUGCUCGCCCAAGUGACCGAGGUGGAAUCGGAAGACAAUGAAAAUCAGGGACUCGCACAGGACCUAGCCGCGUGGGAAAGGAAAGAGAUCUACGCGAAGGGGCGCGCGCCGCCACUGCCGAUGUACACGGACAACGGAAAAAUUCUGCCAAACCUGAUCGCUGACCUCUACAAAAGACAACCGCCAGCGGCGCACUUGACGUUGCCAAGGAGAGCGCUGCAGGACAAGAAGAAAAGUGCAACUUCAACAAGAGUGGUUCAAAAAGGUCCUUACUGGUACAGCGAAGACACGUUUGACGAGGAAGACAGACAACUUCUGGACGACGAGCUCGCGCGGGAAGCGGCGUUCUACAAGCAACUCUACAACAUUGACUUCCCAAAGACGCACAAGGAAAUGCAGAACUCCGGCUUGAUGACCACCCGCAUGAUCAACACCGCCGAGGAAGCGCAAGAACAGAUGUUCCCGCUGCGGAGGCUCGUGACCAACCGGUGCAACUUGAGUCUGAAGACCGUGGAUCGCACCACCAUCAUGGUCCCCGGCGUGGAUGUGGACUGCGAGAUCCUCGCCAACGGAAAGCUGCAGGCGAGAGUCCUCUCCGUCGAGAAGGAACUGACCCCGGCAAAGGUGUGGGAGCUGAUCGUGUACGUAUACAACCGAGCCAACAUCGUCACGCCCGAUACCGGGACCGGCGACUUUGAAAUCAGGACCUUCGACAAAACCAUGACGCUGUUGGAUCUGGCGCGCAUUCCCGGUUUCGACGUCAUCAACAUCAUCAACCUGUGGCAAGUGCACAACAAGGCGGGCGUGUACAACGGAAUGGAGUCCGUGCCGGGCGUUGAGUUCGUCGUAUCCCUUCCGGACGCGCUGAACCCUGCGGAUAGAAUCGAAAUCCACGCGCCCUUGGGCUUCACGCUGCGCGAUCAGGGUGGGUCGAACGCCUGCAACAACUUCCAGUGGGCUUCGGGGUACUUUUUUUGGCAUGUUUUGGUUUUGCUAUCGCAUUUUUUUAUGUUUUUGUUCGUACCAGCAGCAGCAGUCCCAGACCCAGUCAGUGAGGCUGAGGAUAUCAUGCAACCAAAGUAAGUGGAGGCAGCGCCGUGGCUGGUUUCUUUUAAGCGUCCCGAUGAACCUUAGAACGAAGUCAUGAUCGAAAGACAUCGAACUGCAAAAAAUUUCGCUACAGUCCUCCGGGUCCUUUUCCCACCUCCGUGUCUGAGCUGUGCGGUUGCAAUUUCGAGCUAAACGGGAAGGAACGUUGCGGCCUCGAGUUUGACUUCAGGUCGGUAGCUGCGGGAACGCCGCUGCCGCCGGCAAACUUCGAGUUGCGGUUCUCCGUGGACACGUCGAAUCCUGAGCAAGUUGAUUCGGAAAUCGGCAACCAUUGGGUCGUCUUCCACAAGCGCGGAACCGAAACUGGCAACAUCGGAGGUGUGCCGACCUUCAGUUACACAACAAGGUAAAAAGAAAUGAACUCAAGAUGUUAGUAGACCUAGAGUGUGUGUUUCGCUUUUCUCGGUCCGAUGGUGUUUCUCUUGGCGGACGCAUGUACUACGACGACACUAGACAAAAGAAAGAGCUGCGUCAUUUUCAUACAUUACACUGUUCAGGUCCACACACGCUUACAAGUCUUGGGUGGUGCGUCCGCAGCUGCAAAACGUCGUCAUUGACAUUGUGGGUUCCAGAAAAGCCGCGGAGAGUUACACGAACAUCACGAUCGCCUUUGUCCCCGUGCAGAAUGCGGUCACGAUGCUCGCCGAAGUGGUGUCCCCGCCGGGCUUCAAAUUUGACACCUGUGCGGUGAAGCAGCCGCAGGUCAAGGACCCGGUAGCCACCGCGGGAAACAUCCUCGUCGUGAACAGUAUGGGCGUGCAGGCCGGCGUUGCGAACAAGGCCGUGCUGAUCACUUCUGUGCGGCUGGGUGAGCUCGGGGGGCAAACCCGGUGGAACAUCCGGACCUACAUCAACGAGCUGGUGAACGGGCUGCCGCAGGUCCCGCAGGAUCUGAUGGACGAGAGGUUGAACGUGCCGGGUUUCAUCAUGCCUGGAAAGUUGCAAGUGCUGGAGAACCCGCCAAAACGGCUGGAGUCGGACUACUAUUCCUCUUCCUCCGUUUACCCGACCAUGAGCCAGUUCCCGGCGCGGGAGUCCGAGCUGAACACGGCAGAAAUCUCCUUCCGCACAACCCAAACGGUCUACGCGGGUGGUUACAUCUACAUCACUUGCCAGGGCCCGCAGGCGUACACUCUGGACCGGGAAGCGUUCUCGAUCUCCGGGGGAAGCAACAUCAUCGACGUCAACGACCAGAUCGUGAUUUUGAACCCGGCGACCGGCGGGCUCGAGGUGCAGCUGCACGCGUCAAAACCGCCAGCGGAAGCAGUAAGGAAAUUUUUGUUGAAUCGUGAUUGGAACAUUUAGAGCUGGUGAUGAGUUGAUGAGUUGUACUUUUGUCAGAAGUUCAAGUUUUCGACAAACCGAAAAUGUUGAAAAUGAAAAAAUCGAAUCAACAAAAACAGGUGAUCAACGCGAACGAGAUUUACAAGGUUCGAUUUCGAGUGACACCGAAGAAGGGUCAGUCCAAUUGGAAGAUUGAGACCUUUGCGCUGAACAACUUCGCGCUGCCAUCGAACACCAACGACGGCGAGGAGGGUCCGUUCGAUCCGGUAUUCCGGAUCGGGGUCACGAUUUUAGUCGUGAACGACCGUAGGCCGCCGUUGGCUGUGAUCACACUGAAGGUGCGCGUCGUGUCCGGAAAUGCGUCCGUGAAGCAAGUCGUGUUGAUAGCGCCACCGACCUUCGAUUUCCCGCAGGACUGCGGCACCAACUGCGAGCCCUACGUCGUGUACCAGUGCGGCCCUGGCUGUCCGGGAAGAAAAUCCGUGCGCAUCUUUUCGCCGGAUCCAAAUCUGGACCUGACGCUGGCCACGCUGAACGAGAUGCAAAUCAAGACGAUCACGCCGGCAGUGACCCCUGCGGCGAGCAGUUGGUUUGUGCAAACCAUGUCCGGCAGUCUCAGCGGCGGCUUCCGCGUGACCGGGUGGGAGAGAUACUCCGGCUUCAACAUCCGGCAGAUGACGCCCAUCAAGCUGUGGUACCCGCAGCGGCGCGGACUGCAGGGGGCGAACUUCGCGUUCACGUUCUACGUGGCGGUGAACGGAGGGAGGAUCAUAAACGUGGUGCCCCCGGUGCUGUACGAAGUGUACUGCAGCACCAUGCCGUCGACGGGCGCGCCGGCCUUCUUCCAGGUCAGUCUGCCGGGGGGGAAGCCGGGUUGCGUCGACAGCCCGCUGGCGUUGACGCUCACCGAGGCGCUGAAGGGAGAGACCACGUACAGCUUCAUUAUCGGCGGCGACGUGCCCACGCAGGACGCGCAGUCCGGGGUGACGCAGGAAUUUGCGCUGGUGGUUCGCGCGGCCGACGGGGAAGUGUUGGACGGCAGCAGCAAGAUUCCGAUCAGGCUACCAUUAACCCUGACGAUGGCCAGCCGGGCUACGCUCAACUGGCCCGGAGCGCCAGUGGAGGGGACGAGACAGCUGGUAUUUUUUUACGUCACGAUGGAGCUGCUCUUUUCCUGCUGUCGCAGGAACUAGUACUGGAAGACGUAAUCCACCUGAAAGUUCUUGCCAUCCAGGUCCAUGGAAUAAAUAGCUAGAACUAGAAGUUGUCAAGUCAGGAUCAUUGCGUACAUGAAGAUCAUGUUUUGUAUCCAUUUUUUUCACACGACCAGGUUCACAUUGGGCUCGACUUCGACUUCGACUUGCCGAUGGAGGCCAUCCUUGUGACGCUUCCGCCGGGGAUCACGCCUGAUUUCUCGAAGGAAUUGGUUGAGCGUAUCAAAAUGAAAAAUCCCCCCUCCCCAUACUAAAAAGGCAAACGCCUGAAAAUUUGCGAUGCUGAUUUGUGACCACAAAUCGUCUCUGUAUUGCACGAAGGCAACCCCAGAGACUCCGCUGCGUUGUGCAGGCAGUUUGUAAUGCUGUAUCGCCUGCCGAGGAUGUGCCUGCCUUGCUAGGUGCCUACGCCAAAACGCCCCUCCUCAGGCUGCGUGCCUGGCUGCAGUCCUCUACUGCAACACAGAGCCGAUUUGUGUGCCCAAAUCCCGCAUCACAGAUUUCCAUUUUGAUAUGGGGUGGGGGGAUUUUUCAUUUUGAUAGAGCGGAAGAGGGACGUGAAGAAUCUGAACAAAUUGUUCCCGGUCGCCACCUAUGGAUUGCAAAAAUGUCUGGGUCUGGAAGAUUGCGAGAUUUGUCAUGCUGAUCUGGCAUGGCCAUUAAAUCUGUAUUGCGUGGCCACAAACAGCCUCUCUCGCCUGUCAUGCAAAAACGCAGUUUCUCACGCGGAAUACGCAGCACAGAAGCACGAAGCAACUUGUCAUGCGUAGCGGCGCAUUACAGUGCAUUUUUUAUUGACUGAAUUGCAUCACAAAUUUCCAGACCCAGACAUUUUUACAUUUGAUACCACCGCAGACCAGUGGAUCGAGUUUAGUGCGCGCAACGAAUACCCGGCAUUCGUGAAAAUUCUCACGGACGAGGCCGCCGGGCUAGUCAUCGCGCAGGGGCGGUACAAGUUUGAGUUUUACGUCCAGUUACCGGUCGGAGAUUUACCAAGCGAAAACAUCUGGUACGUUUCCCUAUGCGCCGCGCGACAGUGCCGCAGCAUCCGCGACGAACCGGCGUCCGCUAUCCCGCUCACGUUCCCCAUCCCAGGGUUCAACUUCGGCGAAAGCAGCGACAAAGUUCUGUACCCGUCGUCUAGUCGACAAAAGGCGGUACUGGGGUUGCUCCCAGCGUGGGCGCUGGUGUUUGCCCUAGUUUUCACCCAGCUUUUCGCCGGCGUGAUUGCGGAGGGAGGCUUCUUCAGGCGGGAUUGAAGCUGGCUCAGCAUUUACCUAUCACACAAAAGAUCUUCCCCCAAAAACUUGUAUGAAGACCUUGAAAGAUGCGUAUCUUGUUCUUAUUCUCGCAUCUAUUCCAGUAGCGACCUCCCAUCAACACAGUUGAUUUUCUCAAGUAAAGUAACAGGAAACCUCGGUUUCUCUACAGUGGAAUUUAUACUCUUUGCAAUACUCUGAAUGGAACUAUACUUGUCUAUACUAGUAGUACCAGGAACGAUAGCAAUACUCACUCUUACAGAAUUCGAAUAUAGCGAUACCAGAGGCGGAAGGUCUCUGUCUACUGCUACUGCACACCAUUUAUCUCUUGCUUCGCAAUGGGAGCAUCAGCGAACUGCUUUCUGGGGAGAGAGAAAGAGAGCAGCGAGCAGAGACGCGUGGUGAUGACUAGUAGAAAAAGAGCUUUGUUUCUGAAUACUCUUGCAAAUAAUGGAUUGAAUACAUCCCUUUACAGUUUGAAAUCUCUUGCAUUUUGUUGGAACGGAUAGCGUCGGACACAGGUUACCGUGGUGCAGACAACGAGGCGCUUUAUCCCGAUUUCUAUCAUUUGCCGUAAAGAACUCAAAACUGUGUAGUCUACCCAUUUCCAACUCUUGUGUCUUGCGUGAAGAACGGAAAAUGCGAUGACAGUUACCCAAAGAUUUGCAUGAGCUUGUCGUGCUAUCAAAUUCUUGUCCUGAACGGGC